AUGCAGAACCCCGCAUUCUUCCAGGCUGCCGAGACCUUCAAAAAGAUCCGCGCGCCGUUUUUUCAAAGACAAGUAAUUCCAUUUUUCUAUUGCUUUUGAUGUGACUAAUUUAUCCGGUUUUCUCGUCUUGUGCGGCGAAAACUCGAGAAAUAAAGAUUAAAUGUUGCUUGUGACGAAACACAUUUUUGAGGAGUUUUUUGAUGAAACUUGAAAAUGAAAUUCAGUCGCUAGUGAACGAGUUCGAAAGUUUUGUGAGCUUCGAAAAGCAUUGCUACUCGAUUUGGGCAAUGUAUCAACAAGCCACUGUCGGCAACAUCAACGUCCCCAGUAAGUAUUUCACAGGCGCCGCUAUUUCUAGACCAGGGGCGUGGCUUGCCUCACCGUAAUUUUGUGCAGUGGCGCGCACAUGCUUACUUUUCCUCAGUCAUUUUCUUUAUAUUUCUUCAUUUUUUUUUCAUUUUCUUAUUCAUAUUUCUUUUAAGUAUUCCCAUUUGAUUUCAAUAUAACUCCUUCUAUUAUCUAAUUAAAUUUUUAAUUUUUGAAUACAUGGUUCUUCUGUCUUUAGUAUCGUAGACGAAUUUCUUGAGGCCGAAAAUCGUUUUUAGUUUAAAUGAGUGUACGCCAUUGCGAAUAAUUUCAUUUUCGGGGUUCUUCUACUUUCCCAUAAAGAUUUUUUCGAGCCAUAAAAAGUGAGCUCUUUAUUUCGAUGAAAAAUCUCCUAUUUUGAUAAGUUCAGGCCCUUUUUUCUAGUUUCUUUUGAACACUUUGCGAAUGUGUCCAAAGUCCACAGGAAGAGGACUCCAACUAUUUGAUGAAAUCUACAUCGUCGACGACUACUUCUUUGGUCGAAUUAAAAGUUUUAUAGUUUAUUUGCUUUUAUUAUCUCCGCGAAGCAUACACCGCUGUGGGAAGUGUAGCUACCGCAUGUAAAGAUUUAAAAAGCCUAAAUUCAUUUUCAGAAGGAAAGCAGAUAUGAUGAUUUUGCAGUUAACACGAUCUAUUUUUGAGAUUUGUGUCACGACGGCUUCAUUUUUCCUGGAUUUGAACGAAUAACUUCGGUCCUCUGGUCAUGCGCGUCAUUUACCUUCAUCUCCAUGCAAAAAUCUUGACGCUGUUAAGCGAUUCUAUCUGAAUUAAAAGAAAAUUCCCUAUUAAAUAUUAUGUUCAAGAUACACAAAAAGAUAACUGGCUAUUCGGGUGUGAUAUAAAAACCUAGUUCGGGAGCGGUACAUCGACAAUCACGCAAAUAUUUAAAUAUCGUCUCCGCGCGGAUCUCGCAUUUAUCUCGCUUUUUUUAACGAACUAGUAAAUAUUUGAAUAUUUUUCAAAUCGCGAUGUUGCGCCAAGAUAAAUGCGAGGCCGCUUCUAAAAAAAUGCGAGACCCGCGCGAAGACAUAGCGACAUGUUUACGAAUUCGUCAAUGUACCGCCAGCGAGCUCGGCAGUUCUUCUCAGUGUACCUCAAAUGUUUAAUAGAGCACAGUCAAAUUGAAUAAAAAGUAAUUGGUGCAGUUUUUCAGUGUUUUUUUAGGCCUUGCGAGAUUUAUGCCUCUUCAAAGUUUUCGAGUUCUACUUGACAAUCCUUUACUGCGUUAUAAUUCGAGAAAUUUCGCAUAUACCCUAAACUUUUUGACGCGUCUUGUUUUUUUCGGUUUUUAUUGGGUCGCGUUGCCAUAUAGAUUCGAGUUCGUCCGAGAUUUUUCGCACGGUAAGUUCUUUCCGUACACUCAAAAGUCUUACGCUGGUAGAAUAUUCUUAACUCAUUUCUAAAGUAUGGAAUUGCGCAACUUAUUUGGAUUCCUAUGCUUAUUACGCGCAGUGUAUAAUAAUUUGAAGAAUCCAAAAAAAGUGAUUAAAAAUAGCUGAAUUUUUUUGAAUUUGUUCGUCAAUUUUCUCUCCACCAACAAUUAGAAAACUAAUAAUUGUGAAGCAAUGAAUAAAUGCUGCUCCACAUUUUUUGCAGAAUGAUUUCAAAGAAAGUACUUGAGAAGAACCAUAUCUUCGAAAAUUAAGAAAUAGAAGGAGUUAUAUUGAAAUCAAAGGGGAAUACUUAAAAGAAAUAUGAAAAAGAAAAAAAAUGAGUAUAAAGGAAAUGACUGAGGAAAAAGUAGGUAUGUGCGCGCCACCGCACAAGGUUACGGUGAGGCAAGCCACGCCCCUGGUCUAGAAAUAGCGGCGCCUGUAUUUCACCUACUUAAGCUUCAUUCUUCAAAUUGCAAAAUCAUACGGUAGUUUUGCAACUGACCUUUGAGAGCAAGACUACGUGGAUGACGAACAUGGAAGUUGGAUGUGGUCGUGGAUACAUGGAAACGAAAAGUGGCAUGCUUGGAAUUCUUGCAAAGGUUUACGUGCUGAAAUCUCUGAUAUAACUGCUUCAAAUGAAGGAAUUACAACGGAAGAAGCAGAAAAGGAGUUUGUCCGCUUGGUCAACAACUUGGAAAAAAACUUGGAAACAUUAAAGAACGAGUGGAGGUAUACACUAUGAAUGAAUAUUUUUUUCCGAAAACACUGGUCCCUGAAGAAAAUAUAGAAAUCCAAGCACCUAAUUAGAUCAUUUUUCAAAAAAAAAAAUUUUUUUCAAGCGACUUACCAGGGAACGUUUUUCACUCCCCGGUUAAACUUUUGAUGACGUUCCCUAGUUAUAGUUUGUUCAUAUUUAAAAUGUCAAGUACAAUUACGUCAUUCGAAAGCGCUCUGUGGAUGGCUCGCUCUCUGAUUGGCUUUUCGGGCCAUUAGGGGUGGAGCUUUAGAAGCGACUUGACAUUCAAAAUCUGAACGGACUAUAGAAUCACCAACCACCCAUAUGGGCCCACAAAUGAAAAAAAAAAAAAUUUAAAAUAUGAAGAACCGAAGUUUUAGGAAAACGUGCUCUAACGAAGAUGGCUACGGUGGCUCCCAACCGAAUUAG